GUUGAGUAAAAAUGAAAAUGAUUUUCAGAGAUGAAUUUUCAUUGCUAUCAUUGCUAGUUUUACGGUGUUGAGGUGAAUUAGUGAGGAUUUUUAUUCAUCUGUUAUGGCGGAGGCUGAGUUAAAUGUUGACAGUAUUAUUCAUCGUUUAUUAGAAGUGAGAGGUUGUAGACCAGGUAAAACUGUUCAACUUGCAGAAGCUGAGGUACGAGGUUUGUGUCUCAAAUCGAGAGAAAUAUUCCUGAGUCAACCUAUUUUAUUGGAAUUGGAAGCCCCACUUAAAAUAUGUGGAGAUAUUCACGGCCAGUACACCGACCUUCUGCGAUUAUUCGAAUACGGAGGUUUUCCGCCAGAGGCAAAUUACUUAUUUUUGGGGGACUAUGUUGACAGAGGCAAACAAUCGUUGGAAACCAUUUGUCUCCUCUUAGCUUACAAAAUAAAGUAUCCGGAAAAUUUUUUCCUUCUUCGUGGUAAUCAUGAAUGUGCUAGUAUCAAUCGAAUCUAUGGAUUUUAUGAUGAAUGCAAGAGACGGUACAAUAUAAAAUUAUGGAAAACAUUCACUGAUUGUUUCAACUGUUUACCUAUUGCCGCCAUCAUUGACGAGAAAAUAUUCUGUUGUCAUGGAGGGUUAUCCCCUGACUUACAAUCAAUGGAGCAAAUAAGGCGAAUUAUGAGACCAACCGAUGUACCUGAUACUGGGUUGUUAUGUGAUCUUCUAUGGUCUGAUCCAGACAAAGAUGUUUCCGGAUGGGGUGAAAAUGAUAGAGGAGUUUCAUUUACAUUUGGAGCUGAUGUUGUUAGCAAAUUUUUGAAUAGACAUGACUUAGACUUGAUAUGCCGUGCUCAUCAAGUAGUAGAAGACGGUUACGAAUUUUUCGCGAAGCGACAACUUGUAACUUUGUUUUCUGCUCCUAACUAUUGUGGUGAGUUUGAUAACGCUGGGGGAAUGAUGUCAGUCGAUGAAACACUUAUGUGCUCUUUUCAGAUUUUGAAACCUUCGGAAAAAAAAGCAAAGUAUCAAUAUGGCGGAUUAACUACGGGUAGACCAGUGACACCUCCUCGAGGACCAGCUAAAAAGAAAUGAUUUAAAAUUGAAAUAUAACAGUACAUUAUAAAAUCAUGAGAGAUGUUUUAUUUAUCUCAAGACUAUUCUCAGUCACACAAUAUUAAUGAUUGUUUUCCCCUCCUCUAUCAUUUUGCUUACCUCUCACCUUUUCCGAUCAAUUCCUUUUGUGUUGAUUGUGGAGAGUAAUAUCUUCCUCGCUUACCUUCAAUCAAUCCAAUUGAAUUACCCAUCCUGUGGUUAAAGUCCAUUUCAUUUUAUUUCAGCGCAACCAAAUUCAAAUCCAAUAUAAAAAUCGAAACCUGUUUGUAACUUUACUUUCUCCUCAAACAAUCUCGCUCAUCUUAAUUUACACGAGCAUUUCUCUCUUGAUCAUUUUUCUCUUCCCUACCCCUUUGCCUCUCAUCCUCAUAUUCACCCGCCUAAUCUUUAGGCAGAGAUUUGUUGAUACUUUUAUUAAAAGAAUUUAGGGCCAAAAAUCA